UUUCAAGUUUCCGUGGUUGUUACUGAUAUUUCUUUGUUUAUGUGUGGUUUUAUUUCUUAUUAGGGGUGGAUUUUAUGUAUUGUAUGUUCUUCCUUCGUCGCUAUGUUUCCAUAUUAUCGAUUUCGCAUGACUCAUGUAGUUGCCAAGGGGUAAAAAUCAUCUUGCUUAAAUAAAGCCCCAAUUAUUACGGACUUACAGUGGUUUGUGUAGAUGCAGGCGUGGAGGACGUGCCCCCCGCGUGGGAGGAGUCCUCCGCAUAGCAAUCGAAGCGUUCCGACUCCAUGGAGUCGGAACCGGUCCCCCAGCCCCUGCGGCACGGCUGCGACGACCUGUGGACGUGGAACCGGUGGGAGCGCAGCCCCGAGGUCCGGCUCUACGGCAACAACUUCCGCAUCGCGCACUUCCACCCCAACUGGAGCAGCGGCACGGCCGGCGUGCGGGGCACCCGGGUGCUGAACAACGGCCGCUACUUCUGGGAGCUGCACAUCUCGCGGCGCAUCUUCGGCACCAGCAUGAUGUUCGGCAUCGGCACCAAGAAGGCGCGCCUGCACGCCGACUCCUUCACCAACCUGCUCGGCGAAGACGACCACGGCUGGGGGCUGUCGCACAAGGGGCUGCUGUGGCACGGCGGCCGCUGGACGCACUACACCAAGCCCUUCCGGGAGAACAUGGCCACCAAGAUCGGCGUGCUCUUCGACGGCAUCGCCGGCACGCUGAGCUACUACAAGGACGAGAAGUACCUGGGGGUGGCCUUCCGGGGGCUCAACGAGGUCAAGGAGCCCCUUUACCCCAUUAUUUGCUCCACGGCCGCCAAGACUGAGAUGUAUCUGGAUUCGAUGAAGAGGGACUUCGUCAAUUUGCAGGACAGGUGCAGGGCGGUGAUCGUCAAGAGGAUUAGGAGUAAGCAGGAUUUGGAAAAAUUGUUCGUUCCGACUAAAAUUAGGAGUUAUUUGGCUGAGGCGAUUGUUGACAGUGUUGAGCCGUUCAAACCCGUCAAUCACAACACGAUUUCGAUUAAUGUCGGGAAUAUGUAGGCGUUUGAUUCGACAAGUGAAUCACGUGGAUAAAUAAAAGGCAAACUAAAUACUUUUAUUGUUGGUCCACACUGUAUAUGUAUUUGUACCAAAAGGUUUUCUCGGUACGUGUGUAUAGAAAUGUAAAACCGUGGAUUUGUCCAUGUGCCAUUUUAAAAUUCUGUAAAUACGAUAAAUGGGACGACGCCAGUGGUGAAUGUUACCUAGAGUCUAGUCGUAGUGUUAAGCUAUUUUAUCAAUGUAAAAUGGGGAAUUUUUUCAAAUGAAUUAAUCAACAUUUUUAUACUCAUGACACGAUUUUUCUUAUUGAUUGAACUGCUAAUAGCGUAAUACGAAACGAUUUAUUGUGAUUGAUUAUCUAGUCUUGUUUUGUUGUUGUUUUUCGUGUGUUGUUUGUUAUUGGUUUGUAUGAGUUUGAGAAAGUUGCACAAAAAAGUGUGUACAUUUUGGCCAGUUUGUGCAAUAGAAAUGUAAAUAAAUAAAAUUCAUUUCUUUAGGUUCGUAAGACUGUAAUGACUAAAUUGAUGUUUAGGGCAAUUGAAUACAUUAUUUUUUAAAA